AGAGCAGAGACCCGACAACUUCAGACCUUCACUUAGUGGCACAGCAAUUCAAGUGUUCUUCUUGGUGAAAGCCUUUUGUUCCUGGUUAUAAGCAAUCCAGGUGUUCUUUUCAACUCAAGAGAAUCCACAGAGUACACCAUGGUCAAGAAAGUCGCAGUGAUUGGAGCCGGCGUGAGUGGCCUGUCAUCUCUCAAGUGCUGCUUGGAUGAGGGCCUGGAACCCACCUGCUUUGAGAGAAGCAAUGACUUCGGGGGACUAUGGAAGUUUGGUGAAAAUUCUAAGGAUGGGAUGACCAGGGUCUACAGGUCACUAGUAACAAAUGUCUGCAAGGAAAUGUCAUGUUACAGUGACUUCCCAUACCAAGAAGAUUAUCCCAAUUUCAUGGACCAUGAGAAAUUCUGGGAGUAUCUCAGAGAAUUUGUUGAGCACUUUGACCUCCUGAAAUAUAUUCGGUUUAAGACUACUGUGUGCAGUGUAACAAAACGACCAGACUUCUCCGAGACUGGCCAGUGGGAUGUUGUCAUAGAGACAGAGGGCAAACAGGACAGAGCCGUAUUUGAUGCUGUCAUGGUUUGUACUGGGCAAUUCCUGAACCCUCAUUUACCUCUGGAGUCCUUCCCUGGAAUCCAUAAGUUUAAAGGACAGGUCAUACACAGCCAAGAGUACAGGAUUCCAGACGCCUUUCAGGGCAAGCGCAUCGUGGUGGUUGGUCUUGGGAACACUGGAGGAGACAUCGCAGUGGAGCUCAGUAGAACAGCAGCUCAGGUGUUUCUCAGCACUAGAACCGGCACCUGGGUUAUAAGCCGCUCUUCAGGUGGUGGCUACCCUUUCAAUAUGAUGAUUACAAGAAGAUGGUGUAAUUUUGUUGCACAAGUUCUGCCUUCAUAUUUUAUAAACUGGGAUAAAAAGCUGCAUCUUAACCAUGAGAAUUAUGGAUUAAGAAUUGCAAAAGGGCAAAAACAAAAAUUUAUCGUGAAUGAUGAGCUACCAACCUGCAUCCUUUGUGGCAAAAUCACUAUGAAGGCCAGCAUCAAGGAUUUUACAGAAUCCUCUAUCAUUUUUGAAGAUGGGACAAUAGAAGCCAACAUCGAUGUGGUGAUCUUCGCUACAGGAUAUGAAUUUUCUUUUCCCUUUUUUGAAGAACCACUCAAAAGCCUUUGUGCAAAUAAGAUCAUGCUAUACAAGCGAGUCUUCCCACCAGGUUUGGAGAGAACAACAUUAGCCAUCAUUGGCCUGAUCAGCCUUACAGGAUCUAUCUUAGCAGGCACAGAGCUCCAAGCACGAUGGGCUACAAGAGUAUUCAAAGGACUCUGUACUAUACCUCCACCCCAGAAACUGAUGGCUGAAGCCACUAAAAAGAAGGAGCUCAUUAAAAGGGGUGUGAUUAAAGAAACCAGUCAAGACAAACUCAAUUUCAUUUCCUACAUGGAUGAGAUUGCUCAGUGCAUAGGCUCAAAACCCAACAUUCCACUUCUCUUCAUCAAGGAUCCAAGGCUAGCUUGGGAAGUUUUUUUUGGACCAUGUUCCCCUUACCAAUAUCGCCUAAUGGGCCCUGGAAAAUGGGAUGGAGCCAGAAAUGCCAUCCUGACCCAGUGGGACAGGACCAUAAAACCAAUGAAAACUCGAAUUGUUCCUGAGUCCUCUGAGCCUGCCUCCCUGUCACAUUAUCUAAAAGUUUGGGGGACACCUCUUCUACUCACCUCUCUUAUACUUUUCUAUAAAUCUUCACUUUUGCUUAAACUGGUGCAAAAUAAACUACAAGGAAGAGUUUUCCCUAACCAUAUACUAUGGUUCAUUCCCCAGAACCCAUGAGUUGAUCUCCAGUGUGGUGAUGGAAGAAGCAUCUGGGGCACCCUUGUAAAUACAUUGGUUCUGUUCUCAAAUGCUGGAUCAGUCUCCUUAGGGUGGGUUGUCUUACAACAAGGCUGCCUCUUGUUUCUUCACUUUUUAUGCAUCUAUUUACCCUUUCUACAAUGUAAGGACACAGUACAAAUCUCUCACCAGAACCUGCCACUAUGUCCUUGAACUCUCUGACCCCAGAUUCAUGAACAAAAUAAACUUCUUUUAUUUUACCCAU